AUGGUGGGCGCGCAGCAGCCGGAGCUGGCGGCGGGGCGGGCGGCAGCGGCGGGCGGCGGGGAGCACCCCUACGAGUGCCUGGAGUGCGGGAAGGUGUUCAAGUGGUCGUCGCGGCUCAUCCACCACCAGCGCACCCACACGGGCGAGCGGCCCUACAAGUGCUCCGAGUGCCCCAAGGCCUUCAAGGGCUCCUCGGCGCUGCUCUACCACCAGCGCAGCCACACGGGCGAGCGGCCCUACAAGUGCUCCGAGUGCGGCAAGGCCUUCAAGCGCUCCUCGCUGCUGCAGAUCCACCAGAGCGUGCACACGGGGCUGCGCGCCUUCAAGUGCGCGCUCUGCGGCAUGGCCUUCAAGUGGUCCUCGCACUACCAGUACCACCUGCGGCAGCACACGGGCGAGCGGCCCUACAAGUGCACCGCCUGCCCCAAGGCCUUCAAGAACUCCUCCAGCCUCCGCCGGCACCGCCACAUCCACACGGGCGAGCGGCCCUACGUCUGCGCCGCCUGCGGCAAGGCCUUCACCCAGUCCACCAACCUGCGCCAGCACCAGCGCACCCACACGGGCGAGCGGCCCUACGCCUGCGCCCACUGCGGCAAGACCUUCACCCACUCCUCCAACCUCCUCCUGCACCAGCGCACCCACGCCGCCACCAGGCCCCACAAGUGCCCGGCCUGCCCCAAGGCCUUCGUCUCGGACGCCUGCCUGCAGAAGCACCUGCAGAGCCACGCCGCGCCGCCCCCGCCGCAGCCCCCGCCACUGCUGCUGGAGGCGGUGGAGGCGGUGGGGAUGCUCUGGAAGUGCGGCGAGUGCCAGCUCGCCUUCCCCAGCCAGGAGCUGCUGCUGGGCCACCAGCGUGGCCACCUCCGGCCGGGGACGCCGGGGGACGCGGCGACGGCGGCUGCCCACCGCUGCCCCACCUGCGGCAAGACCUUCAAGAACGGCUCGGGGCUGGCACGGCACCGGCACAGCCACGCCGCCGAGCGGCCCUACAAGUGCUCGCUGUGCCACAAGAGCUUCGGGCAGCUGGCCGGGCUGCUGGGCCACCAGCGCGGCCACUCGGCCGAGCAGCGCCCGCCACCGGCGCAGCCGGAGCCCCGGCCCCAGCCUGAGCGCCCCUACCAGUGCACCGAGUGCGGCAAAGCCUUCAAGGGCUCCUCGGGGCUGCGUUACCACAUGCGGGACCACACGGGCGAGCGGCCCUACAAGUGCUCCGAGUGCCCCAAGGCCUUCAAGCGCUCCUCGCUGCUCGCCAUCCACCAGCGGGUGCACACGGGGCUGCGCGCCUUCAAGUGCGCCGAGUGCGGCCUCACCUUCAAGUGGUCGUCGCACUACCAGUACCACCUGCGGCUGCACACGGGCGAGCGGCCCUAUGCCUGCCCCGACUGCCCCAAGGCCUUCAAGAACACCUCGUGCCUCCGCCGGCACCGGCAGCUGCACACGGGCGAGCGGCCCCACGCCUGCCCGGUGUGCGGCAAGGCCUUCGCACAGACCUCCAACCUGCGCCAGCACCAGCGCACCCACACGGGCGAGCGGCCCUACGCCUGCGCCCACUGCGGCAAGACCUUCACCCACUCCUCCAACCUCCAGCUCCACCAGCGCACCCACUCCAGCGCCCGCCCCCACCAGUGCCCGCUCUGCCCCAAGGCCUUCGUCAUGGCCUCCUACCUCCAGCGCCACCUCCGCACCCACGCCGCAGGCCCCAAGGGGCCCCCCCGCGCCGCCCCCCGCGACGUCCCCGUCCUGCAGGCCACCCUCAGCCUGGAGGUGGCGGCCCCCGACGCCCAGACCUUCCUGCUGGUGCAGACGGCGCAGGGCCUGCAGCUCAUCCCCAGCCCUCCGCCUCCCCCCCAGAAGCUCAUCCUGCUCCCCGCUGCCCCCCGGCCGCCCCCCGAGCCCACCCCACGCCGGGGGGAGCCUCCGGGCCCUGGGCAGAGCCUCCUGCUGGUGCCCAGCACGGGGACGGCCCUGCCUGGGCUGCGGCUGCAGGCGGUGACCGGCACCCCGCAGGGCCCGGGGCCUGGCGUCCUCGUCCUGCAGGGCCUCCCUGAGCAGCCCCCGCGCCAGGCAGGUGCCCCCCAGGGCCAGGCAGCAGCAGAGGGGGUGAGCGUCCGGCUGGGAGCCCUGCCGCAGCCCUCAGAUGUCGCCAGCAUCCAGCUCCAGGCCACCGAGGUGGCCAGUGUCCAGCUCCAAGCCCUGCCGCAGCCCUCGAAGGUCACCAGCAUCCAGCUCCAGGCCACCGAGGUGGCCAAUGUCCACCUCCAAGCCUUGUCGCAGCCCUCUGAGGUGGCCAACAUCCAGCUCCAGGCUGCUGAGGUGACGAAUGUCCAGCUCCAAGCCCUGCCACAGCCCUCGGAGGUCGCCAACAUCCAGCUGCAGGCCACCGAGGUGGCAGACGUCCAGCUGCAGGCCCUGCCGCAGCCCCCAGAUGUCACCAGCAUUGAGCUGCAGGCCGCCGAGGUGACAAACGUCCACCUCCAAGCCCUGCCACAACCCCCGGGGGUCACCAACAUCCAGCUGCAAGCCAGCGAGGUGGCAAACGUCCAGCUCCAAGCCCUGCCGCCACCCCCAGAGGUGACCAACAUCCAGCUCCAGGCCCUGCCGCAACCCGCGGAUGUCACCGACAUCGAGCUGCAGGCCACUGAGGUCACAAACAUCCAGGUCCAAACCCUGCCGCAGCCCUCGGAGGUGACCAGCAUCCAGCUCCAGGCCGCCGAGGUGCCCAGCGUCCACCUCCAGGCCGCGGAGGUGACCGAUGUCCAGCUGCAGGCCACCCAAGUGACCAACGUCCAGCUCCAAGCCCUGCCGCAGCCCUUGGAGGUGCCCGGCGUCCAUCUCCAGGCUGCGGAGGUGCCCGACAUCCAGCUGCAGACCUCAGACGUGACCAGUGUCCAUCUGGAUACCGCCGAGGUGCCCAACAUCCAUCUAGAGACCGCCGAGGUGCCCAGCAUCCACCUCCAAGCCGCCGAGGUGGCCAACGUCCAUCUUCAAGCCACCGAUGUGGCCAGCGUCCAGCUCCAGGCCACCGAGGUGCCCAACCUCCAGCUCCAGGCCACUGAGGUGCCCGGUGUCCAUCUCCAAGCCACCGAGGUGCCCAACCUCCAGCUCCAAGCCACCCAAGUCCCGAGCGUCCAGCUCCAGACCCUUCCGCAGCCCCCGGAGGUGCCCAACGUCCAUCUUCAGCCGGCGGAGGUGCCUGACAUCCAGCUCCAAGCCGUGGAGGUGCCCAACCUCCACCUCCAGGCCACUGAGGUGCCCGCCGUCCACCUGCAGGCCGUGGAGGUGCCCCCGGUCCACCUGCAGCCCCCGGCGGGGGCACACCCCGCCCCGCAGCCCCCCGGGGUGCCGCUGGCGGGGGGCCCUCCGGCGCCGGAGGUGCUGCUGGUGCAGGGGGGGGCAGCGCCGGCCGUGGGGUUGGGGGUGCUGCAGACGGCCGAGGGGCUGCGGAGCAUCUUGGUGCUGCGGGGGGCAGGCGCCCAGCCCUCGGCCGGUCCCCCUGCAGGACCCCCCAAAGUCCUGGUCCUUAGGGGGGAGCCCCGGCGGGGGGGGGCAGCGGGCAGCGAGGGGGGGGCGCAGGCUGUGGUGCAGCUGCUGCCCGGCCCCCCGGCUCCCCAGCUGCCGGCGGUACAGGGGGUGCAGGCGCUGCCGGGGGCGCAGCUGUGCACACCUUCUGAGGGGGGCAAGCGGCACGGACCCCACGGCCACUGCGGCCACCCUGCUGCCCCCGGGGUGGCCAUGCGGCACCCCCAGGGCCACCGCAGCCCCCACAUGGCCCCCACUACGUGGCCACCUCAUGGCCACCUUCGCUGCCACCCCAUGGCGCCCUCAUGA